CUCCUGCAGUUAUCCGCCCCCGAGCGCGACCCUGGCGGGAGGGUUGGGGGCGCGCUUGGACCCCAGCCUCUGGGGAGCGUCAGGACCAGGGCGCCUCGGCCUCUCCCUGCGCAGCCUGAGGAUGCCGCUCUUCGGGAACACCUUCAGUCCCAAGAAGACACCACCUCGCAAAUCUGCUUCUCUCUCCAACCUGCAUUCUCUGGAUCGGUCGACCCGGGAGGUGGAGCUGGGCCUCGACUAUGGAACCCCCACCAUGAACCUGGCAGGACAGAGCCUCAAGUUCGAGAACGGCCAGUGGAUCACAGAGGUUGGUGGUGCAGUGGACCGCAGGGAGGCACAGCGCCUCCGCCGGCGCAACCAACAGCUGGAGGAAGAGAACAAUCUCCUGCGGCUGAAAGUGGACAUCCUGCUGGACAUGCUCUCAGAGACCACUGCUGAGUCCCACCUCAUGGAGAAGGAGCUUGAUGAACUGAAGAGUGCGGGCCGGAGGAGGAAGUGAAGGCCCACGGACGUUCAAGGGAGAGCCCGGAGCCCCCCACUGGCCGAGGGGAGGCACUGGCUGAGCAGGUGUUUGGGUUUAGUUUUUAUUUUUAGCCAAACUAGUGGACUGGGCCCUGGGACAGGGUAUCACACAGGUGGGCCGCUAAGCCCUGCGCCCUGGGCUGGUCAGGGGGACAGGUUCUGGGGAGCAGCCAAGGCCAGGGUGAGGGGUGCUACCGCAGGUCAGGUGGACCUGCACCGCCGAGGGAUGCUGUCCCAGAAGCUGACCUCCUGGAGGUGUGCAAGGCUGCUGGCAGGAUCAGCCGGAGCUCUCGUCUGCGCCCUCAGCUGGCAUCGGCUGUGCCAGUUCUGAAGAGCUGCUCUGUGGGCUCUCUGCUGCCCACACUGCUCUCACCCUGCCUUGAAGACCACAUUCCCCCAGGCCCACAGCCUGCUCUGGCUGCAACCUGCCAGCUCGCCCUGCAGACACUAUUUUUGUGCUACUUUCCUGUUCACAUGACUUCUUUUAUAUUAAAUAGUGAC